AUGUGGUCAAGGCGAUGGCCAUGGGGCGUGCUGCUGCUGCUGCGUUGCCUGGCGGAAGAGGCGGAGUUUGUGGAGGAGGAGGGCGUGCUGGUGCUCACAGAGAAGAACUUUGAGGUGGCCAUCAAGAGCCACCCCUACAUCUUGGUCCAGUUUUUUGCACCAUGGUGCGGCCACUGCAAGCAGUUCGCGCCGGAGUACGCGAAGGCCGCUCAGCAGCUGAAGCAGACGAACCAGCCCAUUCGCCUGGCCAAGGUGGAUGCCACUGCAGAGGUGAAGCUGGCCGAGGAUCACGGCGUAAGAGGCUAUCCCACGAUCCGGCUUUUCAUCGACGGCCGGGACCAGGAGUACACAGGAGGACGGACAGAGCAGAGCAUCGUCACCUGGGUGCUGAAGAAGGCGGGGCCGCCCGCGCUGGAGCUGGAGACCGUGGAGGCCGCGGAGGCCUUCGAGAAGGAGAACAGGCUGGCGGUCUUCUGCUUCUGCGACCCCGCGGCCCGCGCGGCCUUUGAGCAGGCAGCGCGCCAGAUUGAGGACGUUAUGUUCGCCUACAGCACCGCCCCAGAGGUUGCUGCAAAGCAUGAGGCAUCCAUGCCUUCCGUCAAGAUGUUCUUCCCCCAUGACGAGCAGAGUGCCCUUUUCACCGGCGACCUGAACAGCGCGCAGGACAUCGAGGCCUUUGUGAAGGCACAUCGGCACCCCAUGGUGACGGACUUCUCGGGCGAGACGGCUGCAGAGCUCUUCAGCGAUGGACGGCCGAUCCUCUUCCUUUUUAGGGACAAGGACCCCAAAGGGGAAGCGGCGGAGAAGGCGCUGAGGGCUGCGGCGGGUCAGCUGCAGCGGCGCUUGCUGGUGGCGCUCAGUGGGUCAAGCGAGCCCAUGGACCAGCGGCUCAUGGACUACGUCAGCGUAGACGUCGAGGAGCUGCCAACUGCCCGCUUGGUCACCGACCCUCAGGGCGCCAUGGCCAAGUACCGGCUAUCCGGCGAGAUCACAGAGGCGGCCUUGCUGAGCUUUGUGCAAGACUUCGAGGCCGGAAGGCUGGAGAAGUACCUGAAAUCCGAGCCGGUGCCUGCUAGCCAACCCGGCCCCGUGUACACACUGGUGCAGUCUACUUUUGACUCCAUCGUCAAGGACCCCACCAAGGACGUGCUGGUGGAGUUUUAUGCCCCCUGGUGUGGUCACUGCAAGAAGCUGGAGCCGGUCUACAACGCGGUGGCACAGAAGCUUCAGGGCGUAUCGUCAAUAACGAUCGCCAAGAUCGACGCGACGGCCAACGAUGUGGACGGUGUUGACAUCGAGGGCUUUCCCACCAUCAAGUUCUGGCGCGCCGACAGCAAGGAGGAGCCGCUCGACUACGACGGCGACCGGGAUGUGGCACCUCCGGCUCGAAAGGUCCCGGAGAUGUCGGGGGGAGAUGCCUCCACAUACAACAGGUUCACUUUUUGCUCCGAAGCGGCCGCGCUCAGGACGCUGAGGCUGGAGUCCGUGGGGGCAGAUGGGAUUGCGGAACAGACCGAUUCGGCGCUCUCCGGCUCGAUCCCAGCCCGGGAAGCAGUACCCACCAUGAAUGUUGGCCAAAGCUUUGCCUCGCCAGGUUCGGCGGAGCAGGACUGGCGCCAACACAUCCUCCACGAGGGCUGCGCCUGGUUCAUUCCUGAAACGCCGGUGGAUCCCUGCGUACAGCAGAGUACAGGCUGGCAACCCCCGGAAGCGCUGAUUCGCGGGGCGGCCAAAAAGCGGGAGAACCCGCGAUGUCCCAUUUGGCGACAAGCCUACAACGGUUAUGCGCCCGCCCCUGUUCGUGCCACAAGCAUGGAGGUGAUGACGGAAGCGGCCAGUGGAUACUGCGGGCACUGCUUCUGCAUUGGCUGCUUCGGGUGCUCCCUGAGCUCCUCCUUUAGCUGCCCCACCUGCCGAAAGCCCGUGGUGGACCUCGUGCGCCAGUUCACAGUGGAGCAAAUUGCCGCACACAUCCCGCUCCUGAAGGACUUGGCCUUGCAGCUGGGGGUCUUCUCGGCGCAGAGCCAGCUGGAGCUUGAUGCGAGCAGGCGCCUGGGGGCAUUAGAGCAGGAGCUCCAGAAAGAACGGCAGCGCGCCAAGUAUCUGGAGCAGCGGCUGCUGGUGCAGGAGCGGAAGCUCCAAGAGCAGAUCCAGCAGUGCCAGGACCUGCAAAGAGCCUGGGAGCUCGAAUCGCAGGAGGCGAUGCGGCAGAAUCAAGAGCUGCAGGAAGAGGUCUCGUUUCUGCGGGAGAGCAACGAGAAGACGCAGGAGGCCCUUCGCUGUGCCAAGCUUCUGGAGAACGCCAUUGUGAACAUCAUGGAGCACAUGCACAGCAUGAUGAGGCUCGUGAUUGGAUCUGGCUGGCAGGAGCUGUGCGUUCCCUUGCAGGAAGCGCAGGUGCAGGAGUUGCUGGGACUGAGCCCCAGCUCCGCCUUUGCGGAGUUUGGCAUCAUACGCGACUGCCUGCAUGCGGGACAGGAGUGCAUGGGCAACAUGUCCUUGGGCAUCUCUUCGGAUUGGCGGUUUAAGCUGGAAUACUACGGCUCCAGCCAGCACGUUUUCAACGAGCUGGAGAUGGAAGGCACUGUGCAGCUGGAAGGCUCUCAGCUCACCCUGCUGGGCACCCGCUCGGCCUCCUCCUGCCACGACGGCCAGGACUCGGAAGUGCAGAAGACAGCGCUGCCGCCCUUGCGGGGCCUACUCUGCAGCCGCGAGGGGAGCACUUGGAUCGUGGUCUUCGACUUCACCGCCUGCGCACAGAUCAGCAUCUUCAACUCCACCGAGACAUCAUCUUGCUGA